GACGAUCCGAUGGACGGCUGGCUCGAUGAACCCGGUUCUUCUUCACACAAUCAAGAUGACAACAUGGAAGGUUCAGAAGAAGAGGAAGAAGAACACAGUGGUGAAGAAGAUGAAGAAGAAGAACAUCCCGGACCUCCAGGCGGUGCUGGGGCUGGGGCCGGUAUCGGGGGUAUCAACGUCUACGAUCGUCUCGCUCGACUAGCAGGAGAAAGCGGAAUGCACCUCGACGAAGCCACUGCUGCCGCUUUGUUCGGUGGCGAGUUUAGGACUUUUGGAGGUAUCAUGUCGGGUCUCUCGACUCGUUUCAAAAGGUUGAAAAACGAGCUUCGAUCUCCAGCUCCAGCUGUCCGUCUCACCGCUUUACGUGAAUGCAGCGAAAUCCUUUUAGUCAGUAACGAAGAUACUCUCGGUGGAGCCUUCUCCACAAAUGCUUUUGCCGUAGAAUUUAUCGCCAUUCUAGGCGGUAAACCUAACAUUGACGAGAACGGACCAAAGGAGAAUGAACGCCCACCGGAAGAAAUGGAUGAAGAUGCUCAACUGGCAGCUGCCUUAUCCAUGAGUGCCGGAGCAGCGGCUCCGAUUCAUGGAAACGAAGAUGAGAUAGAAUGUCAAUUGGUCGCUUGUAGAUGUUUGGCACAUCUUCUCGAAGCGUUACCCAUGUCGGGUCAUAUGCUCGUCAACCUCGGUGCUAUCCCUAUUUUGUGCUCUAAGUUGAACGAGAUGUCGUUUGUGGAGUUGGCGGAACAGACCCUCAGUACCCUGGAGAAACUUUCCCUUGACAACCCCUCCGCCAUCGUCCGUGAAGGUGGUCUUGGCUCAUUACUCAACUUUCUCCCCUUCUUCUCCACCGCCGUCCAACGUACCGCCGUCACAGCCGCAGCCAAUUGUUGUCGCAACAUCUCCCCCGAGCAUCAUAACAUGAUCCGUGACGUCUUCCCCAUCCUUCGCGAAACUCUCACCCAAGCGGAUCAGCGUCUCGUAGAGCAAGCCACUUUAGCCGUCGUCCGAACCAUCGAAUCUUAUCGUCAUCGUCCUGACCUUCUUGACGGUCUCCUCGAUGUACCCACUGUGGCCGCUAUCAACGCUCUUCUCAUGCCUUCCGGUGGCUCUCCUCUUCUCACACCCUCAACUUACACUCAUCUACUCAAAGCCCUCACUUCUGCCGCACGAGGAUCUGCCAAAGUCUCCCUUGCAUUCUUGCAAGCUGGAAUGACCAAUACGGUCUAUCAAAUCCUCACGGGCGUUCUCCCACCCGCCCACGAUGGCGACGAGCAAGGCGGUACAUCCGACGGUCAGGGCCUGUAUGGAGGCGUUGCCGAUAUGGCUGUUUUGCAGAAUCUCGCUCAUCGUCCCAAAGACCAAGUGGAAGAAUCGCUCGCUCUCAUCUGCGAACUCAUGCCCCCUCCACCUCGUGAUGGGGUGUUUGAUUACAGAGCAUACGGUGAAAAGUAUCUUGCUAAAGUGAAGAAAGCGAGGAGGUCAGAGAGGUUGACGAGACGAACAUCUGGUCAUACACCUGCGGAAUCCCCGGCAGAGCCUAGCACUCCUACUCAAACAUCCGUUCCACUUCCUGAUGUUACUCCUGUCCCUCUUACCCUUCCCGACGCUCAGCCAGCACCUCCAGCUCUCGCCAAAGAUGCAGAGCAACAGCAGGAGCAACGGGUCACUUUGCUCAGGGAUAACUCUGCGAUUGUGGCCAAGUUCAUCAAAGCUAUGAUUCCUGUUCUGGUGGAUGUAUAUGCCGCAUCGGUUGCGACUAGGGUGCGGACCAAAGUUUUGAACGGAUUGGUCAAAGCUGUAGCUUUUGUUGAUAGUGAUGAUCUUAAGGCCGCUUUACAGACCGUGCCCAUGGCGAGUUUCCUUGGUGCGAUCAUCUCUUCCAAAGACAAUCCCGUUUAUGUGCUCCAAGCUUUACAAUUGGUAGAACUUCUCGUCACCAAGCUUCCCGAAGUGUAUCAAACUUCUUUCCUCCGCGAAGGUGUAGUCUUUGAGAUCGAAACCCUCGCCGCGCAAGAUCUCACCCCAAAACCAGUCCCUUCAGACGAAACCACAGUCAAGAUUGAACCUGAAGAUCCAUCUCAGCCUAUUUCGAUAUCCGAAGAUCUGAAGCCUCUUCUCGGAUCGAAUUUGUCCUCUCUUCUCGAGUUGUCCCAUGCUGCCAGAUCCAAGACGCCUUCGGUUAACCCCAAUGAUACCAACAUUCUACGAGCUCGCGUUCUCAUCGCCAAAAAAGUAUUCGAUGUGGGAGGAGAUCACAAGAAAGCUGCUUCUGUUUUGCUUGACGAUCUCGGCACGAGAGUUAAACUCCUCGCCGACGCCAAUGCCACCGAAGCGGAUCUACGAGACUCUCUUCGUCACAUAGCUGAACAAUUCUCAGACCCCUCCCAAGCUCUCUCUUCGUUCGAAUUGCUUAAAUCUGGUCUGGUCGACGGUUUGCUCGAUUUUGUCGAUGUGGACGGUACGGUUUCUUCCUCUCAGAGACGUGCUCUUCUAUACGAAAUCUUCUCCACCGAUUCAUCUGGACCACUUACUUUGUUGGUGAAACGUUUACAUGAGAGUCUGGGUAGACUGGAGACUUUCGAAGUAGAGACUGCUUUCGGUGGUCUUUCUGAUUCCUCCCGAUCGUCCAGUGGAUUGGGUCGGACCAUGCGUAUUCGUUUACAAGCCGAAGAAGGUCAAGACAUUCCCAAGGCAGUCAGCAAUAUCAGUGUCACAAUUCAAGCUGUCGCUCCCUUGCAAGCGCUUCAUGACUAUCUACGUCCUCGUAUUGCCGAUGGUCAUUUCAUGUCGGGCGGUGGUCUAGGUGGUCUAGGUGGUAUGUUCGCCAGCUACGCAUCUGGUAUGCCUAUACCCAGACCUGGUGGAUCUUCCCAAGCACGUCUUCUAGAAUCUCUUCAAGCCGCAGGAAUGACAGGUUUGACACAAGUUCAAGCAGCUCCAUCUUCCGCUCCUGAAACUUCUCGACUUGCUCCCCCUGCCCCUGCCAAUCCCACUAAUCCAGCUCCUCCACAACGUAGGAGAAGUGCACGUCUCAGCGGACAACCACAAGGUGCCAACCCACCUGAACCAGCUAGUCCCGUUGCUCCUCUAUCGUCAAGCGCUCCCGAACCUAGCAACGUCCCAGAGAUGCCGUUGGUCGACUUUGACGAGUAUUCGGAAGAAGAAGAUUUUGACGCAGAUGUUUUCGACGAAGAUAUGGAGGAAGAAAUCAAUCGUCCUGUCGAAAGAGUGGUCAACAUGUCAGUAGCACCAGAUGGAUCAAAGGUAGAAGCGAAAACACCUGAAGGCACUCGUAUCGGAACACCUUUACAAGUUGCACCUGGACCUUCUGCACCAGCUCGUAUGCCUUCAUACGCAGGUGCAGUCAAAGCCCCUCCGGUUAAUUUCCAUCUCAGAUUCAGCUUUAAUGGUAUUGAUCUCGCCCCGAACGAAACGAUAUAUGGUAUUGUUCAUAAGCAUCAACAUAAUGUUCCUGGCAUUCCCUUUGGAGGUAGUACUUAUGGUGCACCCGUCACAUUCAAAUUCCGUAAAGUUGAAGGUCCGGCAAUGAUCAAAUUCUCAUUGGAUGCACCAUCUCCUGCUUCUGUGGCGAGUACGAUGCCAGGUGCUUUAGAUCCUUCUACACCGACUAGCAAGCUACUCCGAUUGCUACGAGUAUUGCAUAAUCUCUGCGCCGAGAACCGAGAUGCGUCAGGAAGAAUGGAUGUGGUGGAUGAGAACUUGUUUAUCAAUAAUAAACUUACCGCAAAGCUCACUCGUCAAAUGGAAGAGGUCAUGAUCAUUGCAAGUAAUUGUCUUCCGGAUUGGGCCAGCGAACUGCCUAAACACUUUGCAUUCCUCUUCCCCUUCGAGACUCGUUAUGCCUUUCUGCAAGCCACUUCAUUCGGGUAUCAACGUCUCCUUUCUCGGUCCGCCGCUCAGACUCGUUCCUCCAAUCGUCGGGAAGACUUUAAUCCUUUCUCCCGCAUCAGUCGACAAAAAGUCCGUAUCUCUCGAGCUCAACUCCUCGAGUCAUGCGUCAAAGUCAUGGAGUUGUACGGCACUGCCUCGGGGAUCUUGGAAGUUGAAUACUUUGAUGAAAUCGGUACUGGUCUUGGUCCGACUCUCGAAUUCUAUUCUAUCGCUUCUCGCGAGUUCGCUCGACGUGCGUUGCAAAUCUGGCGAGAUGAAGACGAAGCCAAACCUGGUCCUUAUGUUUUCCAUCCGCGUGGAUUAUUCCCCGCUCCUGUCGGUCCCGGUGAACCAGCCUCAAGUGUCGCAGGCAGUCGUCUGUCAUGGUUCAAGACCCUUGGACUCUUCGUCGGUCGAGCAUUGUUGGACUCCCGAAUCAUCGAUGUGAAUCUGAACAAAUUAUUCCUCAAACUCAUCCUCGGUAAAACCGUUAAAAAGAGUAUCUCCAAUCUCAAACUUGUCGAUCCCGCUCUUGCCCGAUCAUUGGAACGUUUACAGAGCUAUCUCAUCGCUAGAAAGGAAAUCGAAGCUUUAGCAUUACCAGCUUCUAGCAGACGUAACAAACUUUCCGCUCUGACUGUCGGUGGAGCCAAACUUACUGAUUUAUCCCUCGACUUUACCCUCCCCGGUUACGCGAUCGAUCUGAGACCUAGGGGAGCUUUUGUUGAUGUGGACGAUUCCAACUUGGAAGAAUACAUCGAUAAAGUGUUGGAUUUGACACUGGGAUCGGGUAUACAUGAUCAGGUGAAAGCCUUCCAAGAAGGUUUCUCAAUGAUUUUCCCCAUACAAGAUAUGGCUAUAUUCUCGCCUGAAGAACUCGGUGUGCUGUUUGGGAAUGCUGAUGAAGAUUGGAGUAGGGAGACUCUGGAACAGGCUAUCAAAGCUGAUCAUGGGUACAAUUUGGAUAGUAGGGCGGUACAGAAUUUGUUGGAGGUGAUGAGUGGGUAUGAUAAAGAUGAGAGGAGACAUUUCCUUCAGUUCAUCACCGGAGCGCCUAAAUUGCCCAUUGGAGGUUUCAGAGGUCUCCAACCUCCUUUCACGGUAGUACGUAAACCCCACGAAGCGCCGUUCAGAGCGGAUGAUUAUUUACCGAGUGUGAUGACGUGUGCACAGUACCUCAAGAUGCCUGAUUAUACGACCAAGGAAAUUCUCGCUGCGCAAUUGAAACGAGCAAUGCAAGAUGGUGGAGGCUCGUUCCACCUUUCGUGA